AUGGCACCCGUCACCAACGGUAAAGGCGCCCGCUCGUCCAAGAUGCACUCCAAAGUCGUCAUCAUCGGCUCGGGCCCCGCAGGGCACACCGCCGCGAUCUACCUCGCCCGCGCGAACCUCAACCCGGUCCUCUUCGAGGGCUUCAUGGCCAACGGCUUCGCCGCCGGCGGCCAGCUCACCACCACCACCGACGUCGAGAACUUCCCCGGCUUCCCCUCCGGCAUCCUCGGCCCCGAACUCAUGGACAAGUUCCGCGCGCAGUCCCUCCGGUUCGGCACGCAGAUCAUCACCGAGACGAUCACCAAGCUCGACCUCUCCCAGCGGCCCUUCCGGUACUGGCGCGAGAUGCAGGAGGGCGGCGAGCCCGAGACGGCGGACACGAUCAUCAUCGCGACGGGAGCGAGCGCGAAGCGGCUCGGGCUCAAGGGCGAGGACACCUACUGGCAGAGCGGCAUCUCCGCCUGCGCCGUCUGCGACGGCGCCGUCCCCAUCUUCCGCAACAAGCCCCUCGCCGUGAUUGGCGGAGGCGAUUCCGCGGCCGAAGAAGCGACCUAUCUCACCAAAUACGGCUCGCACAUCUACGUCCUCGUCCGCCGGGGCGAGCUCCGCGCGUCCAAGAUCAUGGCCAAGCGGCUCAUGUCGCACCCCAAGGUCACCAUCCUCUGGAACACCGUCGCCGUCGAGUGCCAAGGCGACGGCGACCUGCUCAACAACCUCCGGAUCAAGAACGUGCUCUCCGGCGAGGAGCGCGACCUGCCCGUGAACGGCCUCUUCUACGCCAUCGGGCACGAGCCCGCGACGGCCCUCGUCCGCGACCAGCUCCAGACGGACGACGACGGAUACAUCGUCACCGUCCCCGGCACGACCCAGACGUCCGUCAAGGGCGUGUACGCCGCCGGCGACGUGCAGGAUAAGCGCUACCGCCAGGCGAUCACCAGCGCCGGCUCGGGCUGCAUGGCCGCCCUCGAGGUCGAGCGUCUGUUGGCAGAGGAAGAGGAGGAGCUCGAGGAGGAGUGGAGGGCGGAGGGCGAAGGCCACAAGCUGCCGGAGGACGAGGCGAUGAAAAUUCAUUAG